AUGGAGGGAUUCUCCCACAAUGCACCUGGAGAGGCCAGGGCGCUCCCGGCUCCCUCUCCCCGCCUCCCCUUUCCUAUUGGCCCAGCGCCCUGGCGUGACGUGCGUGCGGGGGGGGCGAGGAGGGUGCGCGCGCCGCUCGGGCUGGGCUUCCGUGCUCUGCCUUCCCUCCCGCGGGGCCUUGUCCGAGGCGGGCUGCCCUCGGCGCUGCCUGAGCCCCCGCCCGCGCCUCGGCCGCCCGCCGCCAUCUUGCGCCAGGCCCCCUCCCCUCGCCCGCCGCCCGGAGACCCACCCAAGCGCGCCGGGGACCCUCCGCCCGCCGCAGCCUCCUUACCGCCGGGGGCCUCUCCCAGCCACCCCCGCGGCCCCUCAGCCGCCCGCUCCCUCCGGCCCGGCACCCGCCCGGUCGCCAUCGCCGCUUCCCUCGCCCGGCGGAGGGAUUCUUCCGCCGGACCCCGCCGGCGCCGGGACUACUUCCGAGGGCGCGGCGGCGGCGCUGGGCGGGCGGCGCUGCUCCGGCUUCUUUCCCCCCGGGGUCUGGUUGCGCACUCGUCGGGGGAAGCGUCAAGCCGGCCGUUUCCUCGGAGAAAUCUGGCGGGCCGCGGGGGACUACUUUUUGUCCGCGGAAGGCUUCGAGGGCGUCAGUUACAUCUUAUACAGGGAUUUUCUUAUCACUUGAUUCAAGAAACCCUUAUGGACCCUCACUUUAUCAUAUAUCAGAUAGGCUUUAUAGAUGGCACCAAACUCCAGGAAAACUUGCUAAAAUGUAUAAAGGUAGAUCACCAACCUCCUGGAGGUGCAAAAAAGAGACAGGGACAUACUUACACAUGUGGUGGAAUUGCACAGUCAUCCGGGAAUUAA